AUGUUGGCCGGUAAAGGUGUUCGUGCUAUCGCGGUGAUGUGGGUGAUGACCUUCAUCUCUUUCAUUCUGAUUCCACUUCGACUCUAUACGCGAGUCUACAUCGUCAAGGCACUGGGAGUGGAUGACCACGUUUUCAAUCUAGCUUGGGUUUUUCUACUUCUGUACACCAUAUUCAUGACCGUAUCAGGUAGUUAUGGAUUUGGUCAAGCUAUAACCACCCUCGACAUGGACAUGGCGGUCAAGGCCGUAUAUAAUGAAAUGAUCGGACAGACAUUUGCGGUGCUAGGGAUGGCUAUUGCAAAGAUAUCUCUGGGCAUCUUCCUGCUCCGCAUUGUUGUCAAGCAGUGGCAUCGAAUCUCUAUCUGGAUUUCCAUGGUCAGUCUUGCGAUUGUGUCCGUAAUGACGGCCAUUCUUUUCUGGAUCCAAAAGCUGCCUUCGGAGUCAAUCUAUGAUCCUCGGGUCUCAGGACGCCUCGUCGUUAGCGUAACGCCUUUUUCUAUCUUGCUGGGAUCUUGGUGUGCCGCUGUGGACUUUUACUUUGCACUGCUUCCAUGGAUUUUCAUCUGGAAGCUCAAUAUGAAAUUCAAGGAGAAAAUGUCUAUCGCCAUCAGUCUGAGCCUGGGGUUCAUAGCUUGCGUCUGUGGAAUCAUCAGAACCAUCGACCUGGGUGGACUAUCCAGCUCGAACUAUACCGAGGACACUGUCGACUUGAUCAUUUGGUCCGCAGUCGAGCUUGCCGUCACCCUGAUCUGCGUAGGCAUCCCCACCGUCCGCCCCCUCUAUCGUGUCAUCGUCCAUGGAUCAAACCUGGAGGACUCCGAGGGCGGAUACAUCAAGCAUAGCAAUUCCGAUCAAUUGCCCCAUGUCCAUAUGCAAAACAUGGCCAAGGGUAACUCGGAAUUUCGAGCUCAAGACGAGGGGACUACCGAGUUGUACAUCUCUCGUAAUAACCACAGUGAUGAGGAAGUGCUUGUUGGGCAGGAUGGCAGGAAUGGCAGGAAUAACCGCGGCAUUCGGGUUAGAGAAGAGGUACGAGUGGAGACGAACUAUUGA